GCCGGACCGGGAGAUCCCGGACCAGAUCCUGUGCUGAUCCUGUGUGGAUCCUGUGCUGAUCCCGUGUGGAUCUCGUGUCUCAGCCAUGGAGGAGACCCGGUCCUGGGCCCCCCUGAGCCCCGAGGACUUUGCGCAGCUGCAGAAGUACCUGGACUACAGCAGCCGGAGGGUGCAGGAUGUGCUGCAGGAUUUCGGCGGCGGGGGGACCCUGGCUCAGCCCCACCAGGGCAAGGUGAGACCUGGAGGACCCCCGUGGGGGGCCAGCUCUGAGCCCCUGUUCCCCCCAGUGUGCCGGUUCACGGUGCACGAGCGCUGCGCCCGCCACGCCCCCCACAACUGCAUCAGCACCUACGCCAAGAACCGCAGGGAGGCCGAGGUCCAGGCCCACGUGUGGGUGAAGGGCGGCUGUGAUGGUGCCAAGUGCAGCGGGUGCCAGAGGAAGAUCCGGAGCUUUCAGAGCCUGACGGGGCUGCACUGUGUGUGGUGCCACCGUAAGAUCCAUGAGGAGUGCCAGUCUCUCGUGCCCCCAGCCUGCGACUGUGGGGCCCUGCGGGACCACAUCCUGCCUCCCGCUGCCAUCUACCCCGUCCUGCUGGAGAGGCAGGACAGCCAGAGGGACAACAGUGGGACCCCGGUGGAGGAGACCCCCCAAGUGUUCACCACCCCCGAGGGGCAGGCGCUGCGGGUCAGCCCCCCUCCCGAGACCCACCCGCUCCUUGUCUUCGUCAAUCCGAAGAGCGGAGGGAAACAGGGGGAGAGGGUGCUCCGGAAGUUCCAGUACCUGCUCAACCCCCGGCAGGUUUACAACCUGCAGCAGGGAGGCCCCAUGCCUGGGCUCGAUUUCUUUCGGGAUGUGCCGGAUUUUCGUGUCCUGGUGUGCGGCGGGGACGGCACCGUGGGCUGGAUCCUGGACGCCAUUGACAAAGCCAACCUGCCCCACCGGCCGCCCGUGGCCGUGCUGCCCCUGGGCACUGGGAACGACCUGGCCCGCUGCCUGCGCUGGGGGGGAGGGUAUGCAGGGGAGGACCUGGGCAGGAUCCUGCGGGAGCUGGAGAGCGGCACCGUGGUGCAGAUGGACCGGUGGAGGCUGGAGGUGCUGCCCCAGGACCCGGCGGCCGAGGGGGACCCGGUGCCCCAGGGGAUCAUCAACAACUACUUCUCCGUCGGGGUGGACGCCUCCAUCGCCCACCGGUUCCACGUCAUGCGGGAGAAGCACCCGGAGAAAUUCAACAGCAGGAUGAAGAACAAGCUCUGGUACCUGGAAUUUGCCACCUCUGAGACCCUUUUCUCCACCUGCAAGAGGCUCAAGGAGCACCUGAGUGUGGAGGUCGGCGGGACCCCCCUGGAGCUGGGGGGAGCCCUGGAGGGGCUGGCAGUGCUCAACAUCCCCAGCACCCAUGGGGGGUCCAACCUGUGGGGCGAGACCCGGCGGGCGCCGGGGCCCAGCACGGCGCAGCCCCCCAACAUCACCGACAGCGAGACCCUCCGGAGCUGCGUGCAGGAUCUGGGUGACAGGCGGCUGGAGGUGGUGGGGCUGGAGGGGGUUCUGGAGAUGGGGCAGAUCUACACCGGGCUGAAGAGCGCGGGGACACGACUGGCGACCUGCUCCGAGCUCACCCUGAGGACACUGAAGGCCCUGCCCAUGCAGGUCGAUGGGGAGCCCUGGAUGCAGCCACCCUGCACAAUCAGGAUCACCCACAAGAACCAGGUGCCGAUGCUCAUGGCUGCCCCGCCCCGUUCCUGUGGCUUCUUCGGCACCAAGAGGGGUUCCCUCGAGGCCUGAGGGGGUCGGGGGGGCCGGGGGAGCCCCCCCGGAGCUGUGCCUGGGCAGGCAACACAGGCCAACCCUCCCUACA